AUCCUGCAGUCUCGAACUCCUAAUUGCUGUCUCCAACAUUUUUGAAACUCCUCAAACUUCAGGUAGUAUUAUACUUACAAGAUGGGAUCUCUAUCCAUAUUUCUUUCUCCUCACUGGGAUUUGAUACCUUGAGCUAAUUUGGAAGUGCCCCCCUCGGUAGGAACAAAAUGAUGCUUAAGACGCAUAAAUUAGGUUGUUGUACAAUGAAGCAGAAGCCCCAUUGUAGCUCUUUCACUCGGCACCGGGGUGCUUGUGUUUGGUCAAAGUGCUCUCUAAGUUUAUAGAAAGUAUAGCAUUCACCAGAAAGAAGGGCAGUGGUCCAGCUGACCUCAGACACGCCGGGUCUAACAAUGAGAUGGUAUAAAAUAGCGCAACUAACGGUGCGAGGUAUCUACCAGAGGUGGACUUCACGUACAUCAAAUGUUUUAAUUGAUGGGGGAAUAAAACGAAAAGCCAUAGUCAAAGGCAGGGCAGGGGGAGGGCGGAAUCGGUUAAUCAAAUAUUUUGUUUGGCAUCAUACUUCCCUUAAUAUGAAACUAACUACAUUUUGCCCAAUUAUCUCGCUAAGAUGUCAAUGACUAUUGUUUGCUCGUUUGCGCCGUCGCUCCGCCCACUAUGUUUGUCGUAAACCUGGCGCCUGGCUACAAUAAACCCGAGAUAAGAGCGCCCAGGGCUCGCCUCCUUCUCCAAGGCGAUCAAUCGGAUCUCAGGCGGACUACAAGCACUCUCUUACGUAGACAUCCACAAGGAGAGAGCUAACACAACAACACGGCUCAUCCGCUCCACAAAUCCACCUUGUGUGCCGAAACAUGUCGUUGAGCCCAAAGCACACGACGCCUUUCUCAGUCACUGAUAUUUUGAGCCCCAUCGAGGAGACCUACAAGAAGUUUAGUGGCAUGGACAGCACAGGAAAUCUCACUUCUCCGCUGGGAGCCUACCGGCAACCCCAGGUUUCUCAGCCUGGCAUGCAACAACACACCAUGGGCCACAACGCCACCGUGGCGGCUACGACCUACCACAUGCCACACGGGGUGUCUCAGUUUUCUCAUAGUGCCAUGGGAGGCUACUGCAACGGAAGUAUUGGCAACAUGGGGGACCUGCCGUCCUACCAAGAGACCAUGAGAAAUAGCGCAGCAGCCACUGGAUGGUACGGAGCCAACCCGGACCCCAGAUAUUCAACAAUUUCCAGAUUCAUGGGACCUUCCACGGGCAUGAACAUGGCGGGAAUGGGAACCUUAACUGGGAUGGCCGAGGCAACCAAGUCAAUGGCACCUUUGCACGCUGCCCCGAGAAGAAAAAGAAGAGUGCUCUUCUCUCAGGCACAGGUCUACGAGCUCGAACGGAGGUUUAAACAACAAAAAUAUCUCUCGGCUCCUGAGAGGGAACACCUGGCCAGCAUGAUUCACCUAACCCCGACCCAAGUUAAAAUCUGGUUUCAGAAUCAUCGGUAUAAGAUGAAGCGACAAGCUAAGGACAAAGCAACCCAGCAACUUCAGCACGAGAACAGUUUGUGCCAACAGCAGCAGUCCCCGCGGCGAGUGGCAGUGCCAGUGCUGGUCAAGGAUGGUAAACCAUGCCAAAACGGCUCUGGCACGCCAACACCCGGUCAACAACAAGUUCAGCAACAGCAGCAAACCGGGUCGAGUGGGGUUAUGGCAGCUUCCAACAACGCCAUCACUCAGCACCAAAACCAGCAGGUGAACCCGUUAGCGCAGGCCCCAGACCUGGAGGAAAUGUCACCGAGCCCUUCGUCUCUACACAGCCAAAUUACAAAUAUGGCUCAGAUAGACACUUCGGCUGUAGAUUACACCACCAACAUGGUCAGCCCUAACCUACUGUAUGGUAGGACAUGGUAGGACCAACUGGGCCUCUUUGUUUUAUUUCUUGGAAAAUAAGUACGACACAAGAAAUGAACAAAUACAUACAAACGAAAGAAAAAAAACUAAAGAAAGAAAGUGAGGCACGUUACUUCCUUUUUGCAGUGGCCGAAGCCCAGAGCACUCUGUGACCCGGAGGACUUCCCUUCACCGAGGAGGACGGCUCACUUUGACAUUGCGGGACGCGCAAAACACGCGGGACGAAGACGCGCGCACCCGCCUGCGCGCGCAGCGGAAACCUUUUGAGUGCUGUUAUUUACUUUUAUAAUAUCAGUUUUGUUUUGUUUUUUUUUAUUUCCACGGGACACUGAAUAGGAUAUGUUACUGUAUUAAAUUUUUCGUCAGCUGAACUGUGAAUGCUGCUCCACAAACUGCAACCCCGCAAAGGGAUACGAAGAAAUAUGCGAUUUUUUUAAGGAGACAUAAAUAAAAUAAUUAAAAAUCCAAGUGGAAAUCCAUUCGAAGAGCUAGAAUAUGGCAGUUAAUAUUUUAAGUAAACUAUAUAGGUAUUGUAAAAUUCUUUAGACGCGUAGAAUUAACCUCCUUAGGCACUGUAUAUUUGGCUAACACCUAAGAGUUAAGACCUGUGUAUGAUAAUGUUUUAAGAAAAUCUUAAUCAAAGCAUCAUUUCUGUUUUAUUUUAAUUAUUUUUUUUUGUAAUUUAAAGGAAGACACGUGGUGGCUGCUGUAUAUAUGUUACAAACCAAUUGAACUUUAACAAUAAAUCACUUGAAGCAUAA